AUGGGUGAGGAACGAAGCAAUCUAUUCCCUGGUCGAAACAACAUCGAAGUUGUUAUCUCCGAUGAUGACCUUGAUGAUGACUAUAUAGAUGACGGUGAUGGUAUAUCCAUCAAACCUGCAAAUUCUAUUGAUACUGGUGUUUUAAGAAGUAUAAUAGAGGAAGAAGGCUGGUACGAUACCGGUCGGUAUUACGAUGAAGUCCGGAAUCAUCGUUUUUAUGUUACUGAGAGGUAUAUGGACAAGAGGAAAAUAGGGCUGGCUGAUAUGCUCAACAGUUCUAGUAUACUGUCUCUGAACUAUGAUAACCACUCGAUGAAUGAUUUUGAAAGAUAUGAUAAGAAAGUAAGGAAGGAAGCUGAACUUAGAGAUGUUUUAGAGGAUAUAUUAAAAAAGCAGAAUAAUGAUGGAUUGCAAGUGGUCGAGGAUUCUAUUUUACAUGAAAAAUACACAAGUCCUAACACUGAGACUAAUAAUAAGAAGAACAGCUGUGCUAGGCUACGUUUAAAUGUAUUGAAAUCAGCAUUUCAAGGAGCCUAUUCCAAGUCAGCCAAUCCUUCCAGAUCAAAGAAUGCUCAUACGAAUAAUGACAUCAGAAAUAACUUCGACAAUAUGUCGUCACGAACCUAUGUUAUCGAUAACGCAAGUGAUGGAAAUGUUGCUAUUGAUGAAAACAUAGACUAUGAAACAAUGAAACGUAGUGUCAGCAUCGAUGGAAAUGUUCAUUCAAACUUUUACGAUUCAGAUCAGGAGAAGAAAGGCAAGCGCUAUAUCCAUGAAAAGAUCAAUAAAUAUCUACAUGAUAGUACAAGAAGGCGAAAUCAAUUGCAGAGAAACUUAAAAGUGAGGCAUAUUCAAAUGCUAGCGAUAAGUGCAUGUUUGAGUGCAGGGAUUUUCAUGACUUCAGGUAAAGCAUUUUCAAUUGCAGGCCCUUUUGGAUGUUUAUUGGGGUUCAUAAUAACUGGUACAGUUGUAAUUGCUACUAUGAUGUCCUUUGCUGAGCUUGCCACAUUAAUUCCUGUUUCUUCAGGAUUUUCUGGGUUAGCGUCAAGGUUUGUCGAGGACGCUUUUGGAUUUGCUUUAGGUUGGACCUACUGGUUUUCAUCAAUGGUUGCGUUACCUGCACAAGUUGUUUCAAGUACUUUUUACUUCAGUCACUAUGAUCACCUGAAACUCACUAGAGGUGGUACAGCUGGAUUCGUUACACUAUUCUCCUUAUUUCCUUUAGUACUGAAUUUGUUUGAUGUCAGGUUUUUGGGAGAAUUUGUUUACAUUGUUGGUCUAUCAAAAGUCCUGAUAACGAUUAUGAUUGUUAUUGUAAUGCUUGUUCUUAAUGCUGGUCAUGGGUUUGACGUACACGGUAGAGUCAGUUUUCGUUAUUGGGAUGCGGAGAAAUCUAGAAACUUGAAGGAUAUCACUUAUGGUUUAUUUAGGCCGACAUUUGAUUUAUCUGACGCUGGCCUAGGUAGUAUAAACGGUAUUGGUGGAAACAGAGGCCGUUUCAUUGCGGUUGUUUCAGUAAUGCUUGUUUCUACAUUUGCUUUUAGUGGAGUAGAAAUGACCUUUGUAGCUAGUGGAGAAGCCAAGAAUCCCAGAAAGACUAUACCUUCAGCAAUGAAAAGGACAUUCAUUUUCAUUUUCACGAUAUACUUCUUUUUGAUAUUCUCGGUCAGUAUAAAUAUUUAUACUGGUGAUCCAAGAUUGUUAUCGUACUAUACAGGAGCAUUAGAAAGUAGAUAUCAUAAUAUUGAGAAUAAGGUUUCUAAUGAAUGGCAAGUUAGUUAUAGGUGCGAGGAAGUUCUUCAUGGAGUGAAUCCUGGAGAUGUUCAGGCUGGGUUUUCCAGUCCUUGGGUUUUGGCUUUGGAAAAUUUUGGUUUUUGUUCGUUUGCAGCUGGUUUUAAUGCUGUUUUAAUUUUCUUUACAUCGUCUGCUACAGCUUCUUCAUUAUAUGCUUCUUCCAGAACUUUGUAUGCUAUGUCUAUUCAAAGAAAAGCGCCAGCAGUGUUUAGAUUGUGUGAUAGAAGAGGCGUUCCUUAUGUUGCCAUCGGGUUCUCAAGUUUGUUUGCCAUUGUAGCAUACCUGGCUGUGGAUGACGCUGCUAUAUCCAACUUUGAUGUGUUGAUGAAUAUUUCAAGUGCAGCCACGUCAAUCAUUUGGCUCGGAUUGAACGUCGCCUUCUUAAGAUUUUACUAUGCCUUGAAGAAACGGAGGGACAUAAUAUCAAGAGACGAUGUGUUCUACCCCUACAGAUCACCGUUCCAGCCUUACCUGUCCAUGUUUGGUCUGUUGGGGUGUUCCAUCUUUGUUCUGUUUAUGGGUUUCAUAAACUUCAUACAUGGAUACUGGAACACCAAGUCCUUCUUCUCAUCCUACGGUGGGUUGAUCCUCUUUGGAGUCUGCUACUUGGGCUACAAGUUAAUCAGUACAUCUAAGAUACAGAGACUGGAUCAACUAGACCUGGACACCGGCCGUCGUGAAAUUGACCGGAUCCUUUGGACGGAACACCGCCAGUACAGAGGACCUUACUCCGAAAGACUAAAGAAGCUGUACAACUGGCUAAUCUGA